UGUGCAUAUGUAUGCAUGUAUAAACCACGAUACUUGGGCCACCUGGCUCAAUGGAAAUUUUUAAAAGCAUGCAGCAAGAAUGAGGACAGAGAUGGGCCAGACUGGUUGGUAUAUGCAUACAUAUUUAAUUUGCCAGCUUACUGGGACAAGUAUUGGUCAAGUUUUCAUAAAUAUAUUUUAACCAAAACCCCAACAAACGUGCAUUUCCCCUCGAGCGCGGGGAACGUUAAGGAACCCAUCCGAAGCGGUCACGACAACCUGGGCGCAACGAAGGACGAUGGCGACGUGUUAAGUGUGAUCGUACCAAGAGAUCCGAUUCUAGGAGCGGAGACGAUUUCAAUCUCUCCUGUACGAAACUGUGGCAUCGUUUUGGACCAGGAGAAAUCGAAACAACCGAAUACAGAUAAUAAAACAGUGAAGAAGUCUACUACCCAGACGGGGAAGGAGGGGUGGAGAAAAUUCGGGGGGAUUAUUUUCGGAGUGCUAUCCUCCCUCUGUUUCUCACUUACUUUACUCCUCGCUAAAGUUCUCCGAGAGCAGUACGAUUAUCACCCGAUUUGUGUCACUAUCUGGCGUUACGUCGGCAUUCUAGCGCCAGCCAUCCCGAUUUCUAUUUAUUACCAUUUUUGCACUUCGGAACCCGUGUUCGACUCGGUUUGGCCGAUGAGCAAUGUGAAAAACUUAAAACAUUGCUUAGCAUACGUGCUUCAAGGAAUUUCCGGCUGUUCUUCAAUAAUUUUCCGCUUCUACUCCCUCGAGUACAUCACUUUGGCGGACGCUUCAGUCGUGUCGUUCUCGUCGCCCGUCCUCGUCGCCAUCCUCGCCCAUUUCUGUCUCGGCGAAAAAUGUUCAGUCGUCUCGAUCUGUGUCGCGAUUUUGACCGUGCUUGGCGUCAUGGUCAUUGCCCGGCCACCCCUACUCACGAGUGGGACACCGGACGAUGCAAAGGUGUGGAUUGGCGUGCUUUUGGCCGUGGUGUCCCUGGCGUGUGGGUCGGCGUUGCUCAUUUUAAUGCGGAACAUCAGACAGACCCAUUUUUCGCUUAUGCUGCUCGUCGGGGGUGGUUGGGGGGUGGGGCAGAGUGGCGCCAUGGGGUGGGCUUUGGACGUGCUGAAGGUUCCAGAUACAAUUUGGGUCUGGAGCUUGCUCGGAUGUUUGGGUCUGAUGACAUUCCUUGGACAGAUAGGGAUCAUAAUGGCGCUAAAAUAUGAGAAUGCCGGCCCCGUCGCCGUGAUCCGGAGUAGCGAGGUGUUAUUCGCGUAUUUAUGGCAGUUGCAGUUCUUCAGCAUUUAUCCGGAUGUUUAUUCUGCGGUUGGAGCCUCAAUAAUAAUUUUCUCCGUGGUUGUCAUAGCAACCAAGUCGUGGGUUGCGGGAUUAAGACCGGACAACGUCCAUCGGAAGAGAUUGAUCUUUCUAACUAAAUAAAUUUUAUAUGGCUUUAUUUUUCAAAGUUUGAAGUAAAAUAUAAAUAUGUAAAUACAUCAUUGUUUUUCCAUUCUCAUAAAUAAAAAUAGAUUUUACAUGAAAACGUACAUAUAUAUGUAAAUAUUCAUCUGAUAUAACUAUUAAUUUAUUAGCAAGGAGGUAAAAUUAAUUUCGGAAAAUGAAGGGACGUGUAACUAGUGAGCCAGGUAGCCUACCCGAGAUAGGGUCAAAAUACCCACGGAUAGUCGGGGUAGUCGGGGUUUUCAAAUUUAAUAAAGUAUGAUAACAGGACAUUACUAAUUAUUCUACAAAUUAAUAAGCUAGUAAGCUAAUUAAUAAGCAGCUUUUCUGCAAAAUUUCUGAAAAAGCAAAUUAUUUUCCCAACUGAGGAUGAGUACAUAAGACACGGACUCAGUUUAUCCCCAAAGACUACCCGUAAAACCCCCGGGUAUGGGUUUUCAAUAGCAAAACCCCGGGGGUUUUCCAUACCCUGCUUCCCCCGCUCGGUAAAGUUGUACGAAAUAAUUUUUACGCAUACUCUCAAACUGGACUAACUCCUGCUAUUUCUUCUUUCCUCUAAAAAUUCUAUAAGCAUAAAAAAUUGAUCAGAUCAAGAUUAGUGAACAUGAGAAUCCGUAUAAAAAUUUAAAAUUCUUGAAAAAUAGACAAACAGAAAAAUAAUUUUAUAACAAAUAUUUAUUGCUGGAACAGUGUUUCAAAUAUUUAUAACAAGAAAGCAUGUCGAAAUUUAUGUACGCUACAAUUUGUGUAACACUUAAGCAAAAUUAGAAUCAAAUUUAUGCAAAAAAUAAA